AGCUCCGCCAACCCUCGUUGGAUCAAGCUUGCGACUCGGCCAAUUACGUACCCGACCACUUUCUUUUCCUUUUUCCUUCCCUCCCUUUCUCAACUCUUCCUCUCUUCUAUCCAAACCGGUAUACUCAAUUAUCCCCAUCUCUCAAUUUAUCGCCAAAUCUAUCCCAACCAUCGCCAAUAUGAAGACUGCUGUUCUCUCCCUCGCUGUCCUGGCUACCGCCGUCUCUGCCCAGCUGGGUGACCUCGACCCUUGCGUCACAACCUGUAUCAACAAGUACGUCACCAACAACAACAUCGCUGGCUGCGCUCCCCUCGACUACAAGUGUGUCUGCACAAACCAGAAGUUCCUCAGCGACGUCAGCUGCUGUGUCUUCAAGGGCUGCACUCCCGAUAAGCAGCAGGGCAUCAUCAAUUUUGCCCACAACAUUUGCGGCGCCGAUGCCACUGCUCUCCCUACCAAGGCUACCUGUACUGCUAGCGCUACCGGCGCUCCCAACACCGCUUCGGGCACCGCUCCCGCCGCCACCUCUGCCCCCAACACUACCGCUGCUCCCAACUCGGCUGCCAGCGGUGCCAGCAGCUCUGGCGCUGCUGCUGCUUCUUCCAGCUCCUCUAAGGCCGGUGCUGCUGUUGUUGGCGCCCCUGCUGGUGUCCUCGGCGCCGUUGCCGGUUUCCUCAUGGCUCUGUAAAUGGAUGAUGUUUGCUAUUUGAACAAUGCCUACGCAUGAUAAUGACCUGAGCGAGCGACUAUUCGUGGUGAUGGCUCAAGAAAGAGUGGUGACUAGCAAUAUAUAGACGUCAAUACCGGGCCAAAUGCCCACUUAAUGAACACUUUACCAUUC